AUGUCUCUAGCCCGAAUUGUUGUCAAUACCCCUCUACUUGAGGUUGGAUGUACUUUGGGAGAAGGCCCUGUCUAUGAUGUAGAGACUUCGACUUUGCAUUUUGUGGACAUUGAGGAGCGUAAGGUUCAUCACUUCAACACACUAACCAAUGCCCUUACGAGCGACGAGUACACCGUCCCCAUCACCAGUCUAGCGCUAAGACGGGGGAAAUCCGGGGCACUUGCUGCAACGACUGCUGAAGGUUUCGCCUUGCUCCAACCUCCAUUGGGCGUGGAGUACCUUUCACGCCCCCUACCAACCGAAAUCCUUGGUCUCUCCCGUUUCAAUGACGGGGCUUGUGAUAGCCGCGGACGAUACUUUGCAGGUACUGUUUAUUCACCGAAGCACGAGGUUCCCGGAAAACUCUACAGAUAUGAUCCUUCAGACGGCAGUGGUGUCAUUGUGGAUGAGGGUCCAUUCACAGAUUCCAAUGGGCUGGGAUGGAGUCUCGAUGAGAAACUCUUUUAUUUCACCGAUUCGUGGGCAAAUAUUAUUUAUGUAUAUGACUAUGAUAUCGAGACGGGUAGGAUCACCAAUCGAAGAGUAUUCACGGAUGCGCGUGAAUUCGGAUACAGCGGCGUGUGCGAUGGCUUGUGUCUCGACACAGAGGGCGGUGUCUGGUCCGCCAGAUGGGAGGGAUCGCGCAUCGUAAGAUUCAACAGGUCCGGAACUCCCGAUUUCGAGGUCGUUUUCCCGACCGUUUUCAAGGUCACAUCGUGUUGUUUCGGAGGACCCAACCUGGACCAGCUGUACAUCACUUCUGCACAUUGUGGGUCUGUUGGUGGGGAUGCCUCGAAACAGGCCGACUAUUAUCACUCUGGGCACAUAUUCGUAGUUGACUUUAGUGGGAAGUUUAAAGGAAUACCUAUUAGUCCGUUCGAUGGUUGA